ACGCCGGACACUCGAUCGAUCAUCAAUCGCUAACUGUCGAUCCCGUUUUGGAGGCACUGCCGGUAUUGUGUUGUGCCGAUGAUCAGCUCCAUACCGCUGACUUCAGGAAAGAGAGCGUAAAAAGCCCGCGCGAUCCGCCGUCGAUCUAGCUGAGAAGAAAACACUUGACAAUCAAUUCUUCCUUUUUCGACUGAUAUCCUCCCUUUGAGGAUGCCGACCAUGUCGAGCUUACUCCAGAGCAUCAAGCUCGUCGCGCGAGCUGCCAACACUAGCGGGGAUGAUCGGGCGAAAAAAGAGACAUCUUCCUCGUUUUUCGACAAGGAAGAUGAAAAAAAUUGUCGAAACAUGACCUUCGAAGAGCAGGUGGUCUAUAAAACGCAGAAGAUGUAUCGUGAUCCGGAAAACGGUCUGUGUGCGAUUUCGCGGGAACUGGGUGCUCCGGAGCCCAUGGUGCCUGAGCGAAAAAUCAACAUUCUCAUUAUUGGGAACCACUCCUCCGGGAAGUCUACUUUCAUCAACUGGUAUGUCGGCGAGAAGAUCCAGAAGACGGGGGUCGCGAUGGAGACGUCCAAUUUUACCUUCGUGUGUCACGGGAGACGACGUGAAACUCUUACCGCCGGCACCAUCCUGAAGCUUUUCCCGGCCCUGCAAGCAUUCGAGAAAAUACCUGGCGCGAUGGACCAUCUUUCGGGUGAGGUGAGCACCUCCGCCAGUCAUCGAUUCCCGCUGGUGAAUUUCAUCGACUCUCCGGGGAUUGUCGACGGCAAUCGGUACAACUACGAUUUCGACCGAUGUCUCGAGACCUGCGCCGAAAUGGCUGACCUUAUUUUCGUGUUUUUCGAUCCACAUGGUCAGGCUCUUUGUCAAAAGACUCUCUUUCAUCUCGAACGGCUCUGCUUGACUCAUCCUACCAAGUUGACGCUGUUCAUGACGAAGUGCGACACGGUGAACGGCGAGCACGACCUCGUCAAAGUGACUCAGCAGAUCUCUAGAGAGCUCGCUGGAAGGCCCGAAAUUGCACGUCAAGAGCUAUGGCUGACUCCGAUCUACGUGCCAGGACACUCCGAUAACCAGCCGGCAGGAUUGAACAACCUCCAGGCAUCACGGAGCCUCAUUGACAAAUCGAUCGCUCGCAACCUCCAAAAUAAAGUUCUUGGCAACAUCGUUCACCGGUGCGACUAUCUGGAAAAGCUGAACGCGUACGUCAUUUUCCUGGCUUUCCGCUCCGCCUCCCCGCCUACCGACGCUCUCGUCGACCUUCCCACAACCCACCAGUUCGGUGGUUCCUUUCUGAUUCGUUGCUCAGUCAGUCAGUCAUUUCCUUCGUCGGCAUUGAUUCUCCUGUCUUUGUUUCCUUCCCGGAGCUCCGUACACCUUCCUUCCACUUAA